CGCUCCAACCAAGUUGUUGAGGCGCGUGAGCAAAUAGGAAAAAUUCAACCGCUUCCACUUAUCUCUUCGCUUGGAUGAAUUUAUUGAAAUAAUUGACCAGUGUGCGCAGGGGAUUAUUGAAUUAAAAAUAAAUGAAAGCCCGCUAAUAAGGAAAUUGUUUCGAAAACUCGUUAAGGACCCAAAACAUACGUACAGUAUGCGCUGCUCGGUGUAGAGCAAAUUGCGCAUACGCCACGUUGGACCAUCCAAAAGGAUUUCGCAAACAUAUUGUUGCGAGAAAUUGCACGCAGCAAUUUGAAUCAGAAACUUAUUGGCACAGUUUUGUUCGGCUCAGUGUCACCGUUUUUCGAAUAUUCAACGGAUUAACCCAUAACAGUAGAAAUGGACAUUGUCAUACGUGAGGAGGACAUUUCGCUGGCCCAGAUUGGCGUCUACGCCUCGGUAUCUUUUCUGGUAGUUUCAGCAGUUGGUGCAGCCCUCUACACCACUUGCUCGAAAAGGUAUCGGCUAAAUUGGUUUGAGCAGAAUCUCCUUGAGUCGGCCAACGAAAAGGAUGAAGAUCAGCAGAGCAGGGAAGCUUUGGUAGCUGGAGCCGUGGGCUACAAUGUGGACAACAUAAACGAGGUGCCGCGUGGGAAAUUCGGCAGUGGAAAUGCCGGCAACCUGAGCCCCACCUCUCUAAAAAGCGAGGACAAUGACCCGGCCUUUUGGGUACCCGCAUCGGUGACCUCUACGGCUGCCAUCCAGCAACAGGUGUCUAACACCACCGAGGAGUCGGCACCACCAACUCCAACCUCACCCACCGGCAGUUUGAAGUCCAACACCUUGUCCUACUGCUCAACCACCUCGGUUCCCAUUGCCAGAUCGGAUAAACAUGUGGUUCUCGCCAUGCAUCCCAGCCGCCCAAGAGUUUCCUCCAUGAAUGCCAAAUUGGAUCACACGAAGAUCGAUAUGACCUUGUAUAGAAGUCACUCUCAGCCAAAGACCAUUAAUCCGGUUUCCCUUAAUGAAGUUCGUGGUAAUUUGCAUGUGAGCAUUGGCUACGAUCCAGUUGGAGGUUUGCUAAAUGUUAGACUCCUGGAGGCUCAAAAUCUUCAGCCCAGGCAAUUCAGCGGAACUGCUGAUCCCUACGCUAAAGUAAGGUUGCUUCCGGAUAAAAAGAAUUUUUGGCAGACGCGCAUACACAAGAGAACUCUGAACCCAGUUUUCGACGAACAAUUCGUUUUUGAGGUCACAGCCGGAGUAAUUGACAAACGAACUGUGGAGAUUUUGCUGUACGAUUUUGAUGCCUAUUCCCGUCACGUUUGCAUUGGAGGAGCCAAGCUGCACUUGGCCAAUUUGGAUUUGAGUGAGCAACUGAAACUUUGGACUCCACUAAGUUCUGCCUCUGCUCAAGAUAUGAAAGUCGAUCUGGGAGAUAUUAUGGUGUCCUUGGCCUACUUGCCAUCUGCAGAACGAUUGAUGGUGGUUUUGAUUAAGGCUCGAAAUCUGAGAAUUGUGGACGAUGCCCGGAAUUCUUCGGAUCCGUAUGUAAAGGUUACUCUCCUUGGACCUGGUGGCAAAAAGAUGAAGAAACGCAAGACGGGCGUUCAAAGGGGCACUCUCAACCCAGUUUUCAAUGAAGCCCUUGCUUUUGAUGUGGCCAAGGAAACGCUCAAAAAUUGUGUAUUGGAAUUCACCGUGGUCCACGAUGGUUUGUUGGGUUCAAGUGAAAUUUUGGGUCGCACUUUGAUUGGAAAUUCCCCCGAGGUCCGUACAGAGGAAAAAAUAUUUUUUGAAGAAAUUUUCCGCGCUAAAAAUGCUACAGCCCAAUGGGUUCCACUGCAGGAACCGGCAACCAAUUUGGCUAACACGCCCAAAAGUGGAAACAGUAAGAAUUAGCUUCCACAGUUGCCGGCUGCACUUGGUUCGUGUCUAAGUGGAGGCGGCGAUGGUGGUUGUCUUGGGUAAACAAAUGUAUUGGGUAAAUGUAAAAGUGGGAAAAGCACAUUUUUGCAAUUUUGUGUAGAAACAUGGUUGAAGCAAAAGCUUCGGUCCAGGCCGUUCUUGCCACACUUGCCACUCGUUGCAUGUGUGUUGCAGUGACAAUUUAUUAAAAAAUAUAAUUAACUGGAAUAAGGGAACUUGCAGGGAUACGUUUUAAGCAGGAUAGAAUGUCGAAAACGAUUGUCAAACAAGAAUCACAAAAUAUUUGCAAAUAUGAUCAAAUAUAUCUCAAUGAAUGUGCUUUGAAUGGUAUCAAUUAAUCAAAAAAUAUAUAUUUAGUAUACGUUGUAUGUGUCAGGAAUGUCAAGAAGUACCUAAAAUACAAAUUAUGAACUAUACAUAUUACCCAAAUUAAUUACUCCUAAACAAAGUUUAUACAAGCCAAAAUUAAUACCUUGAUUUUAUAAUUUCUAUGAAAAGGUUUCUGGACCAGAGGGCACAACAAAUCCAUUACAGCUUUAGUUUUACUUUCGAGUUUAUAAAAAUUUGUUAAAGUAUAUAUUGCACAGCGAGUAGAAAUAAUUGUAAUCAAAUGAAUCUAUUCUUAUACGCAUUAAUCUAAAACAUAAUGUAGUGACUAUAAAAAUAAAGGAACUUGUGUCUAUAUAGUAGCUUUAAAAACACUAUGUAUUCAAAAAUCAUAAUCUAUCUAAAUUAAUCUAUGUGAAAUAAAGUUUUUAGAUCUAUAACAUUAAAUUAAAUUUGUAUUUAGCUGAAAUCCGUAUUUCUUCAAGGUUAAUUACCAAACUUUCUCCU